GCGGUUUAAUUUCUCGGCUCACAAUUAUUACAAGCAAUUAAUAACAUUUGGCAGAAAUAUUUCAUUUCGGGACCACUGCGCUCGCAACGAACGGAAUUAUAAUUAUAAUAACCAUAAUAUUGGAUUUACUUGUACUCUACGUGGUUUUAAUUGAUAUUCCGGUUAACGGCAUCCCCACUAGUGAGCCGCGUCGUUCGUAACAUUAAUUUUCCCGUCUUCAUCACACGCGUUUCGGUUUUUGUUGCAAUCAGCGGAAGCGGUGCGCCUGUCGCUACGGCAUCCGCCUGCUGCGCCGGUGUGCCGUGCACGAUGCUACCCCGGGGCGGGCGUCUAUGCCGUCACCCGAAAAUUCGCUUUAAUUUGUGAUACUUGAAUUUUUUAUGCGUUAUCCGAUGAAAGCAAGAAUGAUUCUCCGAAUCGCCAUCGUCCUCUUGUUGGCGUUCACCGUGCUGCGCCCCGUGGGCGGUCUGAAGGCCGGCCGCCGCGGCAAGCAACCCACGCAGACGGACGCCCCGGCGGCGGCCGGCCCGGUCGACACCGGUCCGGUGAAGAAGGCCCGGCAGCGGCAGCCCUCCUCCGGGCCGACCAUCGGCCUCCUGGACCCCGACAUCAUGGCGCGGCUGGCCAGCAACGCCGAGGCCACGCGCAACCUCAACCGCUUCUCGGUGGCGGCCGCCGUGUCGCGCCUGCAGAACACCGCCUACCUCCCGGUCGGCUUCGCCGCCCAGACCAGCACCGUCAACCGGCCGGUCCUGGGCGGCCGCGGUCCCGCCCACCCCGAGCACAUGCUCAUCCAGCCGCUCUACACCGACCGCCUCGCCGCGCCCAACAUCUCCGACAACGACGGCAAGGAGUGGCGCAGCGACUUCGCCGCCGGCUACCUCUACCUCCCGGGGGUGGGCGACGCCGUGGGCGGGUACAUGCUGGGCCGGAUCCUCAUCAAGCGCCUGCAGAACCUCACCGGCGCCGGCGGCGGGGGGCCGCUGCCCGGGGGCGGGUGCUGCGGCGACUGCUACUGCACGGUGUCGCGCGACAACGUCAGCGCGCCCUGGUAUUUGAACGCCUACGUCCCUUACCGCUACCGGCAUAAACACUACAUGGCCGACCUGGCGGCCAAUAUGUCGGCGCAGGCCGCCGCUGACCAAGCCCAGGCGGCGCUGACCAACAAGGCGCAGGACAGCAGCACCCCGCCCACCGACCUCUGCGUGCUGGAGAAGUGGAACCGCGAACUGCCCUUCACGGAGCUGCCCAAUAUGCUCUUGACCUUUCUGGCUAACGACGACAUUUCCGGGUCGGACGUCGGCAGCAAAGCCAAAUUCUUGAGCAGCUUCCUGGAUCGCGCGACGCUGGCCUACCAGCAGCAGAACAAGAACGGCGACAGCAUCUUCAAGAUCUACGACAAGUACGACGAGCUGUCGAGCUGCAGCCCCGAGGCGGCCGCCGCCACGACCACCACGAGCACCACGACGUCGGGCCCGCCCACGCCGCCGCCGACCACCACCAAGCGGGCGCGGCUGUGGUACGCGGCGGCGCUGGCACAGUGGAACAACCUCGUCAACGCCGGUGACCUUUCCAUCUGCGGACUGGUCGGCGUCCAGAAGCCGGCCGGAUGCGACUACGAGAUGGCCUCCGACAACAGCCAGGAACCCUUCCAAACAGCUAUGGAUCAGUUAAACAAACUCUACACCAACUCCACGCUCAACGGUGAACGCAUGAUUCAGGAACUGGCUGACUCGGCCAAGGCCUGCUUCCACUUGCGCCCCGCUGGUUCCGCCCCCGACGACGGCAGCGCGACGUACGCCACGCCCAACAGCGCCUUGAUUGGCUGUCUGGACUACAGCCUGGGCAGCGGCCAGGUGCGCAACCUGACGCUGCCCGGCUCGCUCUUCGCCAACGAGGAGAUUUGCCAGCGCUACCUGACGCCGGACCUGGACCGGUGCGCGCCGGCGGCAGCGCCCUACGGCUGCAAGGAGCGCGACAUCGUCAACCUCAACGUCUUCGCGCGCAACUUCUACCUGUGCGUCGAGCCGGUCGACCAGUCCAUUGUGCUGCGCGUGUCCAGCCGGAAGCGCGCCAGAAACCAGGACAGCGCCGGCGCCGGCGCUCUCUGCUUGGCCAACCCGUCGGCGGCCACGUGUGCGGCUCCCCACCUCGGCACUGCCUCUGUUGCGUGGAGUUGUAUAGCAUUGGCGAUUUCUGUGAUUUCCGGUUAUAAUUAUUUUUUCUAGCUCGACAUCUGCUUACAUGGGGAUUUUGUUUAAUAUAAAUCACACACUAUUGCUUAAUGACGACCCUCAUUAUACGUAAUUGCUCAAUCACCGGCAAGAAGCUGAAAGAGAAAUAGUGACCUUUACUAUAUCGUAGAAAAGCGCGGUUUUCAGUAGAUGUUGCCGGAGUAGGUGCCGGUCCAUUUCUCGCCGCCGAUGCAGCGUUGGUUGGCGCCGCCGGUGCUGCUGCUGCCGAAGCCGGAGGAGCCGUAGGUGCCGGUGCCGGCGCAGUCGCCGUCGGUGCUGGAGCCGUGGCACUCGAAGCGCUUGCCGUCGUCCGGCCGGAAGACGCAGGUGGCCACCACCUUCUUGUUGUACGCGUACGGGUCGGCCUUGACGCCGCGCGGGAUGAUGCCGCCGGUGUUGGGCCAGCUGACCUUGUUGUCCGGGCCCGAGCACGUGUAGUGCUUGGUCGUGCGGAUCUCCGUCGUCAGCUCGCGGCGCUCCACGCGCUCCGUGCAGUCGCGGCAGCUGCCCUUGCCGUCGUUGUUGUACGUGCACAUCACCACCUGAAACACCAGUACAAGGGUUAUUACGGCGCGGGAGGGGAGCGCGGAAAGGUCACGCGCACCUCGGAAGUGGUGCGGGAGUUGUAGCGCGAGUCGCGGUCGUUGCUGUCGGUGCCGCGGUACGUCGUCUGGUAGCGGUCGCGGGUGCCGCCGGUGCCGACCUCGUUGUCGCGGUAGUAGGGGUCGCGGUCGCGGCUGGCGUCCAGACCGGUGGAGUAGCGGCCGCCGCUGUAGUUGUCGCGGUCCCGGAAGCGGUCGUAGGAGGAGGUGGUGUAGCGGGUGUCGCGGUCGCGCUGCCGGUCGUAGGGCGAGCCGGUGGUGUAGCGGUUGUAGGAGGAGCCGUAGGUGUCGUCGUCCGCCGUGCCGCGGUAGCGCCCGCCCGAACCAGAGUCGGGGACGUACUGGUAGGUGCCGAAGCCGGAAGAGGGCAGGCCCAGGCGGAAGGCGGUGUUGAGGGAGCCGGAGAAGGUGCCCUUCCAGGUGUCGCCCUGCACGCUGGUGCACUUGAAGUUGCCGGUGCGGUGGUUGGCGUAGAACUGGCACUUGCACAGACGGCCGGCGCCGGCGUCGCUGCUGAUCUGGUUGGCGGGGAUCACUGUGUACAGAUAGACAUGUAUAUGGCAGGGCAUAUAUGCGUGGUAUGGAGAUGAAUGUAGGUGCUACUGACCGGACUGGUCGCGGUCCCACUUGCCGGACUUGGUGCCGGGCGUCUUGGGACAGCUGCGGUCCAGGCUGGCGGUAGUGGGGCGCUCCUCGACGUCGGAGGGACGGCAGGUGAGGCGGCCGGUGCAGUCGGUGGUGUAGUCGCCGUAGAAGGUGCACUCGCCCAGCAGCGCCCCCGUCACCGGGUCGUACUCCUCCGUGCCGUACUGGCCUGCG